AUGCGGUAUGACGAAUUCUAUACCCUGCACGAUGAACCCGUUACUAAUGUUAUGAAAGACGCCAACAAGACUCCUGCUGGAGCAAGCACCCGUAACGACCCACGCCCCCAGCUUGGAAGCAUCCCCUACGGCGGUGAGGGCAUCUAUGUCUGCAAUAACCCUGGAACCGUUGCAAUCACAUACGACGAUGGUCCAUACAUCUACACCGAGGGUGUUAUGAAGCUGUUCGAGGCACGAGGAGCCCACGCCACCUUCUUCAUCACCGGUAACAACAUCGGCAAGGGCGCUAUUGACGAGAACUGGGCGGGUGUCAUCAAGAAGAUGUACGACAACGGCCACCAGGUCGCCUCUCACACAUGGUCCCACCAGGACCUCAGUGCUAUCACCAAGGAGGAAGCUUACGACCAAAUGGUCAAGAACGAGAUGGCUAUCCGCAACAUCAUCGGCAAAUAUCCCACCUACAUGCGCCCUCCGUACUCUUCUUGCACUGGAAGCUGCCAGGAAGUCAUGGCUGAUCUCGGUUACGUUGUGUCUUACUUUGACCUCGAUACCGAUGACUACAACCAAUUGACACCCGAGAAGAUUCAGGUCGCAAAAGACAACUUCAAGAAGGGCAUUGAUACCCGUAACGAAGGAUAUUUCGAUGGCGACAGGCUUGCCAUUGGCCACGACAUCCACCAGUUGACCGCCGAGAACCUCACCGUAUACAUGCUCGACUAUCUCUACGCUCAAGGUCUCAGGGCUGUCACCAUGGGUGAGUGCAUGCAGGACCCCGAGGAGAACUGGUACCGCGACUCUACUCCCGCUCCUCCUAGCACCUCAUCUACCCGUACGUCUUCCUCCGCUGUCCCCACUCCUACCGGCCCCACCUCCAAGGACGGUAUGUGCGGUGCUGCUGGUGGCUCUCAAUCCUGCGUUGGCUGGGUUGGUGUCGACGGUCUCCUCGGCGAGUGCUGCUCUCAAUACGGCUACUGUGGCAACACCGCCGACCACUGCCAGACUGGCUGCCAAGCUGGUUUCGGAAAGUGCGGUGCCCAGCCCAGUGCUUCUCCAUCUGCCUCUGCUACCGUCUCUGCUAGCGUCACUGGCCCUAUCCCUACCCCUACCGGUCCCACCACUACCGAUGGAUCCUGCGGUGCGGCAAACGGUGGCAUGACUUGCAUUGGCUUCAACGGCCCUGCCGGUCUGAGCGAGUGCUGCUCCCAGUACGGAUACUGUGGGAAUACCGAUAUCUACUGCGACGCUGGAUGCCAAGCUGGCUUCGGAAAGUGCGGAACUCAGGCCGUUGACAGCGCUUCUUCUUCCGUUGCUGCUAGCACCAGCCCUGCCCCCUCUUCCUCUGCCGAUGUCAGCGCCAGCAAGGACGCCGUCUCUUCCACUGCUUCAAGCACCACCGUCGAUGCUAGCUCAAGCGCCAGCCAGGUCUCUUCCGCGGCCUCUGCUACUCCCACCACCUCUGGUGAGAAGUCUCGCGAUGGCUCAUGCGGUGGGACCAAGGGAUACACCUGCGUCGGUUUCAGCACUCUCGAGGGCGUGAAGUCUGAGUGCUGCUCUGCUUGGGGAUACUGCGGUACCUCUGAGGACCACUGCGGUGCUGGUUGCAACCCCGUCUACGGCAACUGCCCUUCGACCUCUUCUUCGUCUGCUUCUUCUUCCGUUGCUGUCUCCAGCGCCAGCGAGAAGUCUGACUCUACUUCUCCCACCGCGUCUAUUCCUACGUCUGAGGCUAUUUCUUCUUCCGUUGCCGCUUCAGUCUCUGCUUCGGCUUCUGCGUCCGUCUCUGAGUCCGUUUCCGCAUCGGCUUCUGCCUCAGUCUCUGAGCACGUUUCCGCAUCGGCUUCUGCCUCGGUUUCUGAAUACGUCUCUGCAUCCGUCUCUGCCUCUGAGUACAUCUCCGCAUCGGCUUCAACCCCUGUAUCUGAGAAGCCAGAGGAACACGACUCCACCUCCGUCGCUGCCACUGCUUCCUCCUCUUCCGUUGCUGAGUCUGCUUCCGCCUCCAAGGAUAGCUACCCCACCAGCUCCGCCAUCUCAGAAGUCUCCUCCGCCUACCCCAGCUCCACCCCUGGAAACUCCGAGGCCGUCCCAUCAAGCAGCCCCGUCGCCUCCGCUUCUUCCGCCUCUUCCUCCUCCCCCGCCUCCAGCUCCGCCACCCUCCCCAGCAGCGCAGCUUCCACCCCCUACGCCACCUCCACCAUAACACCCACUCCCAUCCUCUCCUCCUCCUCCUUCUCCACCGCCAUCGUCCGCCCCAGCUCAACUUCCUGCUCCACCACCGCCACACCUACACCUACCAAGCUGCCCGUUUCUUCCAACGGAAAGUGCGACGUGCGCGGGCUACAAGACGCUGUUUGGUGUUGA